AUGAAUAAAGUUUAUGCCAAAGUGGGUUAUAGAAUCUAUGAUCCAGUGAAGAAUCUAGUGACAACUAGUAGAGAUGUAGUGAUUCUAGAAAAGAAAAGGAAUCGAGACACAGUAAUGGAAGAAUCUGUGGUUAAAUUAGAACCUUUUGAGUCCAGCUCUAGUGAAUCAGACUACCGAGAUGUUGAAGAAGAGAAUGUAGAUCCCAUAGCUAAAGAACAGCAAGAUAAG